AUGGCUCCUCUAGCCCUUGCGUAUCAGGUUGUCGGUCCGUAUGUUGGAAGUAAAGGACAAUUGGAAAACUGGGCGGAAGCUCUAGAAGAUGGCCGAAAGGAUUAUGAGGAACGCAAAGAUCAUUUUCUCCGGUAUAUUCAACAUCCCGAAGCUCUCACAGAGCUAUCAGUCGACCCCUUGGCUGAUGACCCUGACUCCCCGUGGAAUACUGUUCGUCAGGAUGAGAUAAUCCGAGCUGAGAUUCAACAAGAUGUCCAGCGUCUUCCCGAUGAGGCCAACUACCACGAAAGCUCUUUUCAAGGCAUGAUUCUGGACAUCCUAUUCAUCUAUUGUAAAGUCAACCCAAACCGAGGCGGAUAUCGUCAAGGAAUGCAUGAGCUUCUUGCACCAUUGAUGUAUGCUCUUGGAGAAGAUUCGAUUGACCUAAGCACCAUUAGCAGCGAGACUCAUGCCGAUGAGUCAAUGCUACGUGUGCUGGAUUCCGCCUUUCUAGAGCACGACGCGUACAUUCUGUUCUCGAAGCUUAUGGAGCAAGCGCAAUCAUUCUACGAAGUUACAGAUGGAAGCACACCGUCACAUCAUGUUACUCAACCAGUAAUUCUGCAGGAACAACGGUCCGCAAUUGUUGACCGAAGCAAGUAUAUCCAUGAAAUAUGCUUGAACAAGGUCGACCCCGAACUCGCAUCUCAUCUCACAAACAUAGAGAUUCUACCGCAAAUAUUUCUCAUCCGAUGGAUACGCCUGUUGUUUAGUCGCGAGUUCCCAUUCAACCAACUCCUCGUCCUAUGGGAUACCGUAUUCGCGGUGGAUCCCACAUUAAAGCUGAUAGACUUAAUCUGUGUCGCCAUGUUGAUUCGUAUUCGAUGGCAGUUACUGGAAGCUGACUAUUCUGUCUGCUUGCAACUUCUUCUAAAAUACCCUGCUCCGGAACAGCCUCAUGGACCGCACACAUUUGUAGAUGAUGCCUUGUAUCUACGGGAUCACCUAGACGCCGCGGGUGGCUCGAGCCUGAUCAUGAAGUACACCGGAAAGUUGCCCGAGAACCCAAACAACAUUAAGCCCUCUCACUCAAACAGAAAUGCCGGCCUGAGAGUCAACUCCGUUCGUCAACGAGGCGGCCGGGCGGCUUUAUCACCCUCUAGACUCAGUCAACAACCGCCCAGCAUGGAGGCUUUCUUCCAAGGAGCGGCUCGCGGCGCCAGCCGUGUGUUGGAAAGAAGUGAGAAACUGGGCAUUAACCAGGCAGUGCGGGAUGCCAUGGGGGAAAUCAGACGCAACGUCCAAAGCUUUAAUGAGGCCCGACAAGCACAACAGUCCCCUAGGCAUGUUCUCAGCGAUGAAGGUGCAGCCCAGGCAUUGGCAGCCAUGGAAAAGCGAAACAAGGAGCUGGCCAGUUUGCUCAACGAUACCGUCACCAACCUCAAAACUGUAUCUAUGUCGGAAUUUGAGGACAAGGCUAAGAGCUUGGAACUUAUCGAGGUGGCAGCGGCCAAAAUCCAAUUUGUGCAAAUCUACCUGGAGGAUUCCACAAUGGAUAUCCCAGUCUUUUCUUCGCCGUCAAAACCCGAGCCUUCUACGUCCGCGAGCAAAGAAACAACGUCUGCGAAGCCGGAUGAAGACAAAACGCCAGUGCCCAAAGAAACCUCUGUUGAAAAAUUAGACAACACCGCAACAUCAGCCCCAGAUCUGUCGAAACUGGCCAUCAAUGAAGACGACUCACAAUCGCACAAAGAUGUCACCGAUCCAGACAAGAUGGACACGAGCACAGACGAGCAACCUGAGCAGACCUCCCUGGCCGACCCUUCGACUCAGAAAUCCGUCGAAGUACGACCUGCUCCCGUUCCGACUCGCUCAACUCUUGCUCAGUCAUCCUUCUCGUGGAUGCUGGAACCAGAUGAAUCCGCGCCAUCUCGCGUUGCGGCAGCAAGCAAAUCCCCGCCCGCGCAGCACAAGAAGAAACCCUCCAACAACAUGAGCCGAGAACGCAACGCAUUUCUAUUCGGCGAGAUAACGACCGACGCCACAGAAGGGAGCAUGCCCCUGAAGACGGACGACAUCUUUGGGAUGGAGCCGAUUGCCAAGUCAAAGGGCAAGAUGCAGGGGUUGUUUGACGAUAAAUAG